CUGGUCAAGUUCUGCGCAGAAUGAUAUCACUGAACGCAACCAGAGUUUCUUACUCCACUCCUGACGCGAGUUUGGAGAAGACACAGCUGAACCGGAAUGGAGAAGACGUCGAAGGAUCACAUUAUAGAUACCCUAGGCUACCUGGACGACAAUGGACUAAAUCGGUUCAAGGACAAGCUGGGCGACACGUCGUUCCAGGAGCGCAAAAUCGCCAAGGGGACGCUUCAGGAUGCGAACAUCGUGACAGUAGCUUGUUUGUUAAUCAGCACCUACACCGAAAGGCACGCUGCUGAGAACACGAUCGCCGUUUUAAAUGCCAUUAACGAGGCACAACUGGCUGAACAGUUGAAAGAAAAGAUUAAAGAUUUAUUAUUACAAGAACCGUCCCCUCCUGGAAAGAUAAAGAUAGACUCAGUGGGAAGCGACUCUGUCUCUCUGAGCUGGGGCAGUCCUGCUGGUCUGGAUGAGAUCCCUCACAGUUUUAUAAUCACCUAUUCAAACUCUGUCGAUGACAACACUCUUUCCAUCACUGCACUCUCCAAUUCCACUCUCAUCUCAAAGCUGAGACCUGGGAUAAUAUAUAGCUUCACAGUCACCACAGUGCUGGAGAAUGGGACCCAGAGUACGUCUGUUUCAGCAGCUGUCUACACCAAACCGUCCCCUCCUGGAAAGAUAAAGAUAGACUCAGUGGGAAGCGACUCUGUCUCUCUGAGCUGGCGCAGUCCUGCUGGUCUGGACGAGAUCCCUCACAGUUUUAAAGUGACCUAUUUAAGCUCUGUCGAGGACAACCCUCUUUCCAUCACAGCACCCUCCAAUUCCACAGUCCUCUCUGAUCUGAUACCUGGGAGAGAUUACACCUUCACAGUCACCACAGAGCUGGUGAAUGGGAUUCAGAGCACGUCUGUUUCAACAUCUGUCUGCACCAGAAACUCGGAGAUGUCAUCAGAGAAGAGCGUGCCAGGUGAGAGGGCUCAAGAGGCUGAACUCCAGGUAGAAAUGAAGAAAACGCAGAUCAGCCAAAUCACUCACUUUGCUGAGGACACCAGAGAAGUGUCGAAUUCAAUAGUUAUUUAUUUUCUCAACAUUAUAAGAGUUCCCCGUAGUAAAAGCAUGUCAAAGUGUAAUAAAACAUUGUGAAAGCAUAGCAAAUUGUAAUAAAACAUUGUGAAAGCAUAGCAAAGUGUAAUAAAACAUUGUGAAAGCACAGCAAAGUGUAAUAAAACAUUGUGAAAGCAUAGCAAAGUGUAAUAAAACAUUGUGAAAGCACAGCAGUGUAAUAAAACAUUGUGAAAGCACAGCAGUGUAAUAAAACAUUGUGAAAGCAUAGCAAAGUGUAAUAAAACAUUGUGAAAGCAUAGCAAAGUGUAAUGAAACAUUGUGAAAGCAUAGCAAAGUGUAAUAAAACAUUGUGAAAGCACAGCAGUGUAAUAAAACAUUGUGAAAGCACAGCAAAGUGUAAUAAAACAUUGUGAAAGCAUAGCAAAGUGUAAUAAAACAUUGUGAAAGCAUAGCAAAGUGUAAUAAAACAUUGUGAAAGCAUAGCAAAGUGUAAUAAAACAUUGUGAAAGCACAGCAGUGUAAUAAAACAUUGUGAAAGCACAGCAGUGUAAUAAAACAUUGUGAAAGCAUAGCAAAGUGUAAUAAAACAUUGUGAAAGCAUAGCAAAGUGUAAUAAAACAUUGUGAAAGCACAGCAGUGUAAUAAAACAUUGUGAAAGCAUAGCAAAGUGUAAUGAAACAUUGUGAAAGCAUAGCAAAGUGUAAUAAAACAUUGUGAAAGCACAGCAGUGUAAUAAAACAUUGUGAAAGCACAGCAAAGUGUAAUAAAACAUUGUGAAAGCAUA